AUGUCUGUGAGCGAGAUCUUCGUGGAGCUGCAGGGCUUUCUGGCUGCCGAGCAGGACAUCCGGGAGGAAAUCCGAAAAGUAGUGCAGAGUUUAGAACAAACAGCUCGGGAGAUUUUAACUCUACUGCAAGGGGUCCAUCAGGGUGCUGGGUUUCAGGACAUUCCAAAGAGGUGUUUGAAAGCUCGAGAACAUUUUGGUACUGUGAAAACACAUCUAAUGUCUUUGAAGACCAAGUUCCCCGCUGAACAGUAUUACAGAUUUCACGAGCACUGGCGGUUUGUGCUGCAGCGGCUGGUCUUCUUGGCAGCGUUUGUUGUGUACUUGGAGUCAGAAACACUAGUGACUCGAGAAGCAGUGACAGAGAUUCUUGGCAUUGAGCCAGAUCGGGAGAAAGGAUUUCAUCUGGAUGUAGAAGAUUAUCUCUCAGGAGUUCUAAUUCUUGCUAGUGAACUGUCGAGGCUCUCUGUCAACAGUGUGACUGCUGGAGACUACUCCCGGCCCCUCCACAUCUCCACCUUCAUCAACGAGCUGGAUUCCGGGUUCCGCCUCCUCAACCUGAAAAACGACUCCCUGAGGAAGCGCUACGACGGCCUGAAGUACGAUGUGAAGAAAGUGGAGGAGGUGGUCUAUGAUCUCUCCAUCCGAGGCUUCAACAAGGAGACGGCAGCAGCUUGUGGGGAGAAGUAG